AUGGUCUAUUUAGGAGCUGGAAAGAAAACUGUGCUGAGGAGUCAUGGCGGUGCAUUCUCUUCUCCAGGUAGCAAAGAGACAGCCUUCGCAUACAGCAUCAUGGCAGCGGGAGUGGCCCACGCAGUCACACAGGCCUGCAGCCAGGGCAACCUGUCUGAUUGUGGCUGUGACCGGGCCAAACAUGGCUACUACGACCAAGAGAAGGGCUGGAAGUGGGGUGGCUGCUCGGCUGACAUUGAGCACGGCAUCGCCUUCUCCAGGCGCUUCCUCAAUGCCCGUGAGGUGAGGCGGCAUGCUCGAAGGCUCAUGAACCUGCACAACAAUGAGGUGGGAAGGAAGGUUUUGAAGGACAGCAUGAGAAUGGAGUGCAAGUGUCACGGGGUAUCGGGAUCGUGCACCAUCAAGACCUGUUGGGUGACCCUGCCUGCCUUCCGGGAGGUGGGUUUCGCCCUGAAGGACAAGUAUGGGCAGGCAGUGCAGGUGGAGCCCGUGCUGGCAGGCCGGGGGCACCAGCCCACCUUCCUGAAGGUCCUUAAGACGCCCCACCUCAAGCCACUGCCCACCGACCUGGUCUACAUUGAGCGCUCGCCCGACUACUGUGAGGAGAGCCCAGCAACGGGCAGCGUGGGUACCCGGGGACGCCGGUGUGAGCGCACCGGCCCGGGGAAGCUGGGCAGCUGUGAGGUCCUGUGCUGCGGCCGUGGAUACAGCACCUUCCAGUACACCCGCACCUGGCAGUGCAACUGCAAGUUCCACUGGUGCUGUCAGGUCACGUGCAGCCAAUGCAGUGAGAGGACUCAUGCCUACACAUGUAACUGAGGGUCAAGUACUGCCAGCAGCAAUGGGAACUUUCUUCUCCCAAGGAACCAUGGUAUGGCUCAUGAUUGCUGGACCCUUAUGAUUUCAUCCCGCCUUGAGCUGACAACCUCCCUUCCGGGUUAAGCACCGCCUUACAAUGAGGCUCCAUCAGUGGAAAUUGUUGCUGGUAAAUUUCCGCUGCUAAAAUUCAGCAACUGGGCUUUGAUUGUCUGCAAGUGCGAUUGGUCUCUGACUCCCCUCAAGUUGCCUCUUUAUCAUGACAGAGGCUCGCGGGAGAGGAGAUCCCCCCAGGAUUUGGUCUGCACCGGCAUGUUGGGAUUGACCAUUCUGCUUUGGGGUUUGUCCAUCAGCGAGGCAAAGUGCAGCUCUCUCUAAACCUCUAGGGCCCCACGGACAUCAAGCAGAACGCCCAAAAGGGUUAGGAGGUUCAGCCAUGUUUUCGGGGCUGCGUCUGGGACAUUGGACUUCUCUGAAUGAAGAACAGCUUUAAGCAGGUGUAUUCAAGGGCUUUGGCCGCUGACUAACCUGUUCCGUCCACGGGCAAGUUAGAGUAUUUGUGUGUUCCAGACAUGACUCCUGUCCUGUCUAAUCCAGUCCCAGGUGUACCUUGGUGCUAAGAUUUUGGAAGAAGGGCUGUGUAAAUCAAUCCUCACAAUUGUGUUGUGUUUGGGAAUGGUGUACUUGCGCAGUACCUUUUUUGAAGUGUUUGAUGGGGGACAGUGUAGAGGGAGCUUUACUCUACCUAAC